GCGAGAAGCAGGAAAAGCACAAAAACCGAGCCUUGUUUUUUUUUUUUUUUUGGAUGGAAUUUUUUCUAUGAAGCACGCUGUGAACGGGCCAACCGUUUAUAUAUAUAUUUGGACUAUUUAUUACCACCCUCAUGUGAUGAGCCAUAUGAAUUUAUUCCAGAAAGUUUAGUGAGCACACAUAGUUGUGCGUCAAUCUCCAACCGAGCGACUGCUGUUUAUCUAUGCAACUGUCUUGCUGUUAUUUUGUUGAGAAAAUAAAUUUCUAUUCAUUUGUAGCCCUUUUCCCCUUUGUUUUAUGUAGGACGUCAUCAUCGUGGAAGGCUCAUUUUGUUGUCUGGCAACCGCGUAGUUGAUUUUAUUUUUUAAUGACUCCAACUCUCAAAACACAUAUUUUAAAAACAUUUCAGAAUGAUUUAAAUUUGAACAAUGAUUGUCAUUUGAACAUGUACUAACGUUUGUUCAGUAUUGACGUUAAUUAGCAUCCGGGUUACGUUUUUCGGACACCUGGUGGUAAACAACACAAUGUGUAAACAGAAGGUAAGUUACCGUCUGUCUGUCUGUGUUUCGCAUUUUUAGAAUUAUUUCGGCAGUAUGAAUUAGCAUUUUUAGUUUGCUCAAUGUGCAAGGGCUUCAUCUUUGGUGUGUAUUAUUAAAAUAGAAGAAAACACGUUUGCUUUGUUUGGCUCUCGGCUAACAUGCUAUGUAUCAAAAUCGCUAGCUUCAUUUUCAGCCAUUAAAGUAAUUGGGGCUCAUUUCUUUUCCUCCUGUUGUGAAGAAAAAUGUCAAUCACACCUGUUAUUUUAAUUGGAUGUUUUGUUGUUGUUUUUUUUUUUUUUUGCAUUUUCCGUCAAAUUUUGUCAUGAGCACAAACCAGAAUACUGCUUUGUAGUAUCAGUGCUGUAUUUAAUUUUCUGAGGUGUCAUGUUUAUUCGGCGGUUCAUAUGUGAAAGUUUUGAAUGUUCUUUUUCCAUUUGUCACAUUUUCCAUGAGUUGCCGGUGUUGCGCCUGCCUGCCGAGGGGAAGAAGACCGCCUGCGGGCAACUUUUUCCAUCCACAAUAUUAGUCAUGCCGGUGACCUUUGGGACUCGUCUCCGCACGGGAGGGGAGAAUAUGCGCCUUCAUUUUUCAAAAGAGCCGCCACAGCCCGUCCCGGUCGAAAAAAGGAGAGCGGCGCGUCAAGCGUGGAGGAAAGCCGGCGCCAUGUCACCCUUCCUGCGCAUCGGCUUCUCCAACUUUGAGAUGGAGCCGGGCCUGGAGUACCAGGAGGAGGUGCUCAACCCUUACUGCGCCGUCUACAUGAAGGAGGCCUACGAAACUGAAAAGGGCCAGGUGUACAAGCAAAAGAAGCCCACCAUGUACCCGCCGUGGAGCACCACCUUCGACGCGCACGUGCACCGAGGCCGCGUCAUGCACGUGGUGGUGAAGGACCGCACGGCCGAGCUCAAGUCGGAGGCCGUCGUUUCGCUGGACUCGUUGGCCGCGCGCUGUAAGAAGGACGCCGGCAAGCUGGAGAUGUGGUUGGAAUUAAAGCCGCAGGGACGCGUGCUGAUGGAGGCCAGAUAUUAUCUGGAGAUAAGCGACGCGGCGGGCAAGGCCGAUGGCGAAGGUGAACGCGAGGGUCUGUUUACGCUCCGUCACCGUCGCGGCGCCUUCAAACAGGCCAAAAUUCACCUGGUCAAGUGUCACGAGUUUAGCGCCACCUUCUUCCCGCAGCCCACCUUCUGCUCCGUCUGCAAAGAGUUUGUCUGGGGUCUUAACAAGCAAGGGUACCAGUGCGGACAGUGCAACGCGGCCAUCCACAAGAAGUGCAUCGACAAGGUCAUCGCCAAAUGUACGGGAUCGGCCGUCAACAGCAAGGAAACCAUGAUCCACAAGGAGCGCUUCAAGAUCGACAUGCCGCACCGCUUCAAAGUGUACAACUACAAGAGCCCCACCUUCUGCGAACACUGCGGGACCCUCUUGUGGGGCCUGGCCAAGCAGGGGCUGAAAUGUGAGGAAUGCGGCAUGAACGUCCACCACAAGUGCCAGAGGAAGGUGGCCAAUCUGUGCGGAGUCAACCAGAAGCUGAUGGCCGAAGCGCUGGCCGUCAUCGAGAGCAAACAGCAGGCCCGGAGCGCCAAAGAAACGGAUAUCGUCGGUCGGGAAGGUCCGGUCGGCGUGGACCAGCCGGGGACCGUGCAAGAAACGGGUUCGGCGACAUCUGCGACUAAAGAGGUGCGGGGCGUUUCCUGGGCAGGGCCGGCGGCGGCCGAGGAACCUCUGACGGAAGAAUACCUUUACGAUGUUCCCGAGAGCGAUCGGCCCAAGUUCUCCUUCGACGACUUUGUCCUGCACAAGAUGCUCGGCAAGGGCAGCUUCGGCAAGGUGUUUUUAGCCGAGCUUAAAAAGAGCGCUCAGUUUUUCGCCAUCAAAGCUUUGAAGAAAGACGUGGUUCUGAUGGACGAUGACGUGGAGUGCGCCAUGGUGGAAAGGAGGGUCCUCUCUUUAGCCUGGGAGAACCCCUUCCUCACACACCUACAUUGCACUUUUCAAACCGAGGAGAACCUGUUCUUUGUGAUGGAGUACCUAAACGGAGGAGAUCUCAUGUUCCACAUCCAGAGCUGCCACAAGUUUGACCUGCACAGAUCCACCUUCUACGCGGCCGAGAUCGUCUGCGGCCUCCAGUUCCUGCAUUCCAGAGGAAUCGUCUACAGGGACCUCAAGUUGGACAAUGUGCUGCUGGACUGCGAGGGACACAUCAAGAUCGCCGAUUUUGGCAUGUGCAAGGAGAACAUGUCGGAGGAGGCCAGGACGUCCACUUUCUGCGGGACGCCCGACUACAUCGCUCCCGAGAUCCUACUGGGCCAGAAGUACAACAGCUCGGUGGACUGGUGGUCCUUCGGCGUCCUGCUCUACGAGAUGCUCGUCGGUCAGUCGCCGUUCCGCGGCCGAGACGAGGAAGAGCUUUUUCAGUCCAUCCGCACCGACGACCCCGCGUACCCCCGCUGGCUGACCCGAGACGCCAAGGACAUCCUGAUCAGGCUGUUUGUCAGAGAGCCCGAGGAGCGGCUGGGAGUCAAGGGGAACAUCAGGUCGCACGGCUUCUUCGGCGCCACCGACUGGACGGCGCUAGAACAGCGGAAAGUGACGCCUCCCUUUAAGCCCGCCUCGACGUCCCCCGGCGACUGCGGCAAUUUCGACAAAGAGUUCACCGACGAGAAGCCGCGCUUGUCGCGCGCCGACCGGACGCUCAUCAACAGCGUCGACCAGACCGUCUUCCGGAACUUCUCCUUCGUCAAUCCCGGCGCGGCCCGCCCGCCGGCGCGCUAAAGCCGGCCGACCGACCGACCGACCGCUCGCUUCUCUCUGGUAGCAUCAUAGCAACUAUUCAGACCUCGCCUUGCCGCUCGUGGUCGGCUAAAUGGGCUAUCGAUAAUCAUCUCGUUGUUGUCAGUGACUUUUUGUUUACAUUGAAUUUCUUAGUCUGUCUGGCACUCAUUGUGAGUGGGUAAUAAUAAAGCCCGUCUCGUGUGAAACUUCAA